AACAAACAUGAACAACCUCUUUUCCAGGGAUGUCCAGAUUAAGAGUAUGGAGCAGACUGUGAAACGUGCUGAGAAGUACCUGGGUGGGAUCUGUUCUCUGUUGGCCUCCUACACCAGGAAGACAGCCAUGCUUAGAGACAAGGCAGACCUGCUCGUGGCUCUGCUCUUUGACUUCUCCAGCAGAGAGGACCCCGAGCUCCACAUUGGCCUGAAAAAUCUAGCAGAGGACCUGGCCAUGGUGCAGGACUUUAGGCAGGCUCAGGUAGAGAGACUGGAGAUGAGAGUUAUUGCUCCUCUAAAGGCCUAUGGAGACACAGUCAAAAACAAAAGGGCGGAUCUGAAGAAGUUCAGCAUUGACUUGAGCAGAGAGCUGAAGGAGUUGCAGAAACUGGAGAAAAUCCCACUAAUGAACCCAGCUGAUCGACAGAGCAUUUCCCAGGCAGAGGUAAAUGCGCAGAAGGCUUCAAACAAUGCCCAGCGCAGUAUGAGACAACUGGAGGAAACCAUCACAGACUUCCAGAAACAGAAGCUAGAGGAUAUCAAAAGGAUUUUUACAGACUUCAUCACAGUGGAGAUGCUCUUCCAUGCUAAAGCGUUGGAGGUCUAUGGACAUACAUACCACAACCUGGGAGCAAUGGACACUCAAAAGGAUCUACAGCUGUUCAAAGGGCGGAUAAAGAUGACUGACUUACUGGAUGGGCGCCUGGACACCCCUCUAACCAACUACCCUUCUCCCUCCAUGAGCCGCCACCCGCAUCCUCUCCUGACUUCCCCCGGAGGCCAAAACCUCAGCUCAUCACUGGCCCCUACCACAGGUCAAGAUCACAGACUACACAGCCCGUACACAGACGUAGUCAGAAGGUCUCGCAGCACUUUACAACGCCAGAGAGGCAUGGAGGAGGAGGAAGAGCUGGAGGGGGAAGAAGAGGGUGAAGAAGAAAAUGAAGAAGACAAGGAUAUUCAUGAAUCAGAGAUAGAAGAGGGUCAGCACACCAGCAGACAGUCUUAUGCUGCUCAAUAUGCCCAGAAGCACAGAAGGCCAGAGUAA